GCGCUGGCGGCUUCCUGAGCGAGCCGCUUCCUGACACCGCUCCCUCCCCCUUCAGGGCUCUGUCGGGGCCGAGGGCCGAGGGCCGCCACUACCACCCGGGCCCCCGCCGGCGCCGUCGCCGUCUCCUUUCCCGCCCAGCCCCCGCCAUGUCCGAGGAGCUCUCCGCUGCCACGUCCUACACGGAAGACGAUUUCUACUGCCCCGUCUGUCAGGAGGUGCUCAAGACGCCGGUGCGGACCGCGGCCUGUCAGCACGUUUUCUGUAGAAAAUGUUUUCUGACUGCAAUGAGAGAAAGUGGAAUUCAUUGUCCCCUGUGUCGUGGAAGUGUGACGAGAAGAGAAAGAGCAUGUCCAGAACGGGCCUUAGAUCUUGAAAAUAUCAUGAGGAAGUUUUCUGGUAGCUGCAGAUGCUGUUCAAAAAAGAUUAAAUUCUAUCGCAUGAGACAUCAUUACAAAUCUUGUAAGAAGUAUCAGGAUGAAUAUGGUGCUUCUUCUGUCAUUCCAAACUUUAAGAUUUCUCAAGAUCCAGUAAGGAGCAGUAAUAGGAAUGAAACACCUUCAUCUGAUAACACAGAAACUUACCAAGAGAAUACAAGUUCUUCUGGGCAUCCCACCUUUAAGUGUCCCUUAUGUCAAGAGUCAAAUUUCACCAGACAGCGUUUAUUGGAUCACUGUAAUAGUAACCAUCUAUUUCAGAUAGUUCCUGUGACAUGUCCUAUUUGUGUGUCUCUUCCUUGGGGAGAUCCUAGCCAGAUUACUAGAAAUUUCGUUAGUCAUCUAAAUCAAAGACAUCAGUUUGAUUAUGGAGAAUUUGUGAAUCUUCAGCUAGAUGAGGAAGCCCAGUAUCAAACUGCUGUAGAAGAGUCUUUUCAAGUAAACAUCUGAUGUGUGUACACAUCUCUUCAUCCUUGUACCUACAAGUGCCAUCUUUAAGGGAAAGACAUGAAGUCACCAUUUCAGUAAUUUGCUGUGCAUAUUAAUAAAAAUAAUUCACUCUACUGUAUUAGGUUUUUAAUUGAAAAUAAAGGUAGGCUACCCUAACUCCAUUCUCUAGACAGUUACUUUAACAGCAUGGAAAAGGUUGUAUUUUAUUUGUGUGGUGAAAGGGAAUUCCUGUUGUCCUUUUCUUCCUUGUAUUACAUAUUCUGAAUGUUUCAUUAAGUUGUUUUUGAUAUUUGAUACAGUUUCUUCUAUUUACUUUAGUACAAAGGUAACUAGCAAAUUCUGAAAGAUGUGAUUCCUAUAAAAAUAAUAAACCUGAGCCAUUUGUCAGAGUUGCAGAAUGGAAACUUGAAGUGCUAAGUGGGAUAAUCCAAAGGGAUUUUUUAAAGUAUAGAUUCUAGCUGAGGAAUUCAACAAUAAGAAAAUUGUAUUUAUGUAAUGUUUUGUAUUUUUGAAGACUAGUGAAAUUUCUAUAAUAAUUUUGACUUUGAAAGCGUAUUGUGCAAAUGUUUCUUCUUUUGCUUUUAGAUGAACAUAGCAAGAGAAGAGAAAAGAGUUUUCUGUGGUUAGUUUGUUAUUUCGCUCUAGCUUGAGUAAUUUGUAAGCAUAAAUGAGUUGUAUGGCAGUUCUUUGUCGUUAGUAUUUCUCACUAGCUGACUUCAGUCAGUGAUGAUAUCACACUUAAAUUAGUUUUUUAAAAAUCCAAAGUUGAAGAUGUAUGUGGAUAUGUACAUACACUUUAGCAUGUAUCUAUACACAUAUAUCUUUGCCUAGAGUUUGUCAGGUUAUGUAUAGAAUUUCUAUUAAGAGUUUUAAUAAUGGGCAAGCAAUAUAGGAUUGAAGUAUUUAUCUCAUUUGAUUAAAAUUUUGUAUGUUACCAAAUUUUUUAAACAGUAAGCCAAAUAAUAAGUUGUACAGUUGGCUGUUAUUACACCUGAGAAUUUGUUAUAUGGUGCUCAUUAGUUAUAUUUGAAAAUAAUGCAUAAGUGAUGUGGUGAGACUUUACCAGCUACUGUUUGACUACACUUUAGUCAAAACUAAGUUUGUUCAUAGUCUUUGGUGUAAAGUAUUGUAGAGGAGGCCAGGUCACAGAGUAUAGGGUGAAGAGUGAAUUCCUGACAUUCCAUUGCUAACAUACACUGUUAUGCUUUCUUUAAAAUAACUAAACUCAAAAGAAAAUCUCUGAAGUAGUUUGCUGCUAAUAUAUACAUAUAUUGUUUAAAAAAAAGGUAUAUUUUGAUUUUCUUAAUACCCUCUUUCACUUUUCUACAAUAAACGUUUUUUAACUUGAUUUAAUAAAAAUGUUAAUUUU